UUUGCGGAAAUUUGUGUGACAUUCUCUACGUCAUUUAUAAGCGUUUAUAAACUGCAAACAGGAAUAAGUGAAAAAAUUGUUUCCGAAGUAAAUUCACGCGUAAUAGUUCGCUGAUAUCUGUUGCAGACGCUUUGACUGUAGAACUGAAGCCAUGGACCAGGAACCAAGUAUGUGGAUUAAAAAAGAGGAAACGGAUGAAGUACAAACUGAGUUAUGCUUCAUGUUUUUUGUAGACCCAUUAAAGAUGGAAGGCCCUAGUGUUUGGGUAAAGCAAGAUACCGAACUGAAACUACGAACUGAUGGAUCUGAGCAUAAUUCUGUUAAAAAUCCAUUGGGAAUAUCUCCAUCCACUGAUUUUAUAAGGGAGGAUCCUGAAUUAAAUUUGGAAAUGAAUGUAACUGAGAAUAUUUUUCUUGAAGAUCCAUUACAAACUGACAGCACUCCUGUGUGGGUAAAGCAGGAUCUUGAACUGCAACAAGAUGCUGAUGGAUCUGAGCAUAAUUCUGUUAAAAAUCCAUUGGGAAUAUCUCCAUCCACUGAUUUUAUAAAGGAGGAUCCUGAAUUAAAUUUGGAAAUGAAUGUAACUGAGAAUAUUGUGGAAACCUCAACAAGAUACACACCUGAUAGUGCAAGAUUGACCCAGAGUACUGGUGGGACCUGUGGCAUAUCCCGUGAAGAGACGUGUCACCAUGGACUGGUCCACGAUGAGUUGGUGGUAGACAUGAAGUCAACACACGAGUUUGGUACCUAUACAGAAGAUGUGACUUUUAAUAAGGAAUGCUCAGUUGCCAUCCAAUAUGACUGUAGCAAUCUCAAGGCACAUGUAUUAAUUCACACUGGAAAGAAAUCUCACCUAUGCAGUUUCAACAGACACGUAUUAAUUCAUACUGAAGAUAAACCUCACAAAUGUGAUAUUUGUGGCAAAUCAUUUGCUAAAUCAGGUGACCUCAAGACACAUGCAUUAGAACACAUUGGAAAGGGGCCUCACAAAUGUGAUAUCUGUGACAAAAGUUUCACUCAAUUGCGUACUCUUAAGACACAUGCAUUACUUCACAUCAGAAAGAAACUGCAAGUGGCUCUUGCUAAGGGAUGCAACAUACUAAUAGAGGAAACAAAGAAUUUCCAAAUGUAG